AUCAUAAAAAACGCAUACAAAAAGAGAAAAAAAGAAAGCACUGGAAGUAAAGAAGAUUUCCAAAAUGGCACCAAAAAUUACAGGAGAUCUGAGGAUUGUCAUGUUAGGGAUGACUGGAGCUGGAAAGAGUGCAACUGGAAACACCAUCCUGGGCAAAAAUGUGUUCAAAGAGGACAUGUGUCCUGUGUCAGUUACUACAAUAUCUGAGAAAAAAAUGGCAAGAAAAGGAAGCCGGAUGGUCUCGGUUAUCGACACUCCAGGUCUCCAAGACACAUCCGCAAAACAAAGUGAAGUGAAGGCUGAAAUAAAGAAGUGUAUGAAUCUGUCUGCUCCGGGUCCUCAUGUGUUUCUGCUGGUCAUCAGAGCAGAUGUGAGGCUGACAGAGGAAGUUAUGAACACAGUCCAAUGGAUUCAAGACAACUUUGGAGAAGAAAGUGCACGUUACACCAUUAUUCUCUUCACUCAUGUUGAUUCGCUGAACCAAAGCCUGAAAGAUCAUAUAGAAGAGAGUUCAGAAAUGCGCCAGUUUGUUAUGACCUGCGGUAGCAGAUAUCACACAUUCAACAAUGAAGACAAAACAAAUGAACAUCAAGUAGAUGAGCUGCUGGAAAUGAUGGAUGAGUUGGUGAAUAAAAACGGAGGGAAGCACUUCACUACUGAGAUGUUUAAUGAGGCCCAGGGGAAGCUCAACUGGUGGAAAACUGCUGGAAUUAUAUUAGGAUGUGGGAUAGGGGCAGCAGCUGUAGUAGUAGUAGUGAAGAAUGUCAGUAACUAA